AUGAAUGGUCCAUGGGGACAGCUGGGAGCCAGCGAGGUCUUUGGAAUGGAGAAGGGGCGUUGGAGGGGCUGCAACUUGGCCUGCACCGUCUGCAGGAAACUCCCUUUGGAUCUCAAGGUCAUAUUUCUACCCCUUUUCCGACAGCAUUGGCCUCAGAGCGACCUGCGAAGAGGCACCAUGUUCCCUUCCUCUGUCUGGCCGCCGGCAGUUUGCGGGCGGGGGGUGGUGUUCAAAGGGAUGGUUAAAUGUCCAGGCUGGUCUUUCAAGCGACCCACUAACGCAGAUUCUAUUCUGGGCACACGGAGGUCGCCCAGUCUUCAGCCCCCGGCUGGAGGAACCUCAGCUUUUCCCUCUAGGGAACAGAAGAAUGAGAAAAGGCCGUCGCACAACCCAGCCUCAAAGCCCAAAUUCCUGGCUCAAAAUCAGAAAAUGAGAUACAAGACUUCUUUGGUGAUGAGGAAACGCAUGCGGCUUUACCGAAACGCCCUGAAAGAGUCAAGUAGCAGCUCCGGACACCAUGGCCCCCAGCUCGCUGCCGCCUCCAGCCCCUCGGUGUUACCGGGCUUUCACGAGCAGCCUCCCCAGGCCUCCCCUAGCUGCACUUUGAACGGACUCCUGCGUCUGGGGCUCCCCGGAGACAUGUACGCACGGCCCGAACCCUUCCCGCCGGGACCUGUGGCCCGCAGCGACGCCCUGGCAGCUGCCGCAGCCCUGCACAACUACGGGGGCAUGAACCUGACCAUGAACCUCGCCGCACCCCACGGUCCCGGCGCCUUCUUCCGCUACAUGCGCCAGCCCAUCAAACAGGAGCUCAUCUGCAAGUGGCUGGCGGCCGACGGCCCCGCACCCCCGCGCCGCUGCUCCAAAACUUUCAGCACCAUGCACGAGCUGGUCACGCACGUCACCGUGGAGCACGUCGGAGGCCCUGAGCAGAGUAACCACAUCUGCUUCUGGGAGGAGUGUCCGCGCCAGGGCAAGCCCUUUAAAGCCAAAUACAAACUUGUAAAUCACAUCCGCGUGCACACGGGCGAGAAGCCCUUCCCUUGUCCUUUCCCGGGGUGUGGGAAAGUCUUUGCUAGAUCAGAAAAUCUCAAAAUACACAAAAGAACUCACACAGGGGAGAAGCCCUUCAGGUGCGAGUUCGAGGGCUGCGAGCGGCGCUUCGCCAACAGCAGCGACCGCAAGAAGCACUCGCACGUGCACACGAGUGACAAGCCCUACACGUGCAAAGUGCGCGGCUGCGACAAGUGCUACACGCACCCCAGCUCGCUGCGUAAGCACAUGAAGGUGCACGGGCGCUCGCCGCCGCCGCCCAGCUCUGGCUACGACUCGGCCACACCGUCUGCCCUCGUGUCUCCCUCGUCGGACUUCGGCCGCGAGCCCCCGGUGGCCUCCUCGGCGGCGGUGGCGGCGCGUAGCGCCGACCUGAGCGAAUGGUACGUGUGUCAGGGCGCAGGCCCCGCCUCCGCUGCCCCCGCAGCGCCCCCAAGCCCCGCGCGGCCACCUGGCCCCGCCGCCGCCGCCUUCGUUACCAGGGUUGCUGCUGUGGUUGCUGCUUCCGCGUACCCUGACUGCCAGAAUGGGAAAUGUUUUCCUCGAGGCCUGGGCCUCCCGGAUAGCCACCCCUACUCCGUUCCCAGCUCCCAGUCGGAGCCUCCUCGGAAGUUCCUGUGGCGGGAAGAUGUCCACCGCGUUGCUCGCAAGGUAAUCUCGCCCUGCGCAGCUGAGCGCCCGCAUCUUGCGCCUGCGACAUCAAAGGGCCCGCGCACAAAGCAAUGUUUCUUCGCCACGGUGCAUCUUCAUGAGAAAUGUCUGGUAGCUGGCGGGAAUAAAACAAAGAAAAAGAGAGGGCGGGCUGGCUCCAAGCCUUCCCUGAGCCCUGAUGGGGUACCUGGGGCACUCCUGGGGCACCGCAGGAGUCUUCCCAGCUGGACGCUCCUCUCUCUGAGAGUAGCGGAUGCUCAGACCUCUCGAGUCCCUACUCCCUUCAGAGAGCUGCGAAGAGCCAAAGCCCUAAGACUGUGUGGCUACAGCCCACAGGACUCUUCUCUGAGCCCCGAUUGGGAGACUGGGCUCGUCAGUGAGUUUUAG